AUGGUCACAGGGGAAGAGCAAGUCCACCGGCACCUGGACCAGCACGAGGUGAGGUACCUGCAGUUCGCCUUCCGCUGGAUGAACAACCUGCUGAUGCGAGAAGUGCCCCUGCACUGCACCAUCCGCCUGUGGGACACCUACCAGUCUGAACCUGACGGCUUCUCUCAUUUCCACCUGUACGUCUGCGCUGCUUUUCUGGUGAGAUGGAGGAAGGAAAUUCUAGAAGAGCGGGAUUUCCAGGAGCUGCUGCUCUUCCUUCAGAACCUGCCCACAGCCCACUGGGGCAACGAAGACAUCAGCCUGCUGCUGGCUGAGGCCUACCGCCUGAAGUUUGCCUUCGCGGAUGCCCCCAAUCACUACAAGAAAUGAGCCGGGGCCAGCGCGGCUGGCAUCACCCACCCCGGGGUGGUGCCCCCAGCGCCCGUGGCUGCAGGCCGGUGGCCAAGGAGGGGCCUUGCUGGGCGGCCCUGCUCUCCAGGGAGCUGGCCAGGACUGGGCGUCAGGCGAGGGCCAGGGCCUGGCCGGGGGCCGCCUCUGUUUCCUAAGAUACCAAAGAGAGCCGGGGGAGGGUCUUGGCCCUUCAGGGGGCCGGGAGCGGGUGGGCGUCUCCCUGCCCUGUCCCUGGAGCAUCCUUGCCAAAUGCCCACCUCCUGGAGCCCCCAGGGCACAGCGGCCCGAGAGCCAGACCCUCUUGGAGGGGCCUGCUGUCUGGUGCCGGGGCCGGGAGGAGGGGGUGGUCAUCUCAUACCUGCUUUGAAAUGCAAAAACCCUAUUCUGUUGAGUGAAAGAGAAUAAAACAUAGACAAAAUAAGAAGUGAA